AACAAAUGAAACAAUUCGUUUGACAUUAAUCUGAGGGUAAACUAUUGUUUGUGAAAGCAUUUACUUUGUCGUACCCGUAAAAAGCUAAAAGCUCUAACCAUGGCUAAUUAUUUCACAAUGGACGGCACCGAAACUACAAACUUCCAGAAAGAAAUAUCUGGCAUGAUGCACGGUUUUGGCGACAAUCCGAACCCAAACGCAGCAACUGUUGUUUUGGUUGAAAGUAUUGUUCAACAACAACUGAAAUUUAUGAUCCAAGAAGCACACAUGAACUGCAAUUUGAGGUGCGGUAAGGCUAUUUCCAAUUACGACAUUAUAUACUUAAUGAGAAAGAAUACAAAGAAGUUAAAACGCUUGCAUGACUAUCAGUUAAAAUUGGAUCAAAUUGACAAGAAAUGCGUCCUGAAUAUUGGUACGGCUAGCGAGGCAAUGAUAACUGGGAUGAUAAUAGAGGAAGAGAAAGACCUAGCUGUCAAGAAACGUAGGACACACAUUGACUACAUUCGGGAAUUUGAUGAGGCUGAUGAAGUCAGUCAGAUAAAGUUUGAUUCCAUAGACUACAUAAGAAAAGUUAGAGCAGCUAAAAUUACAGAGUCUAUGACUUUCGAGAAGUAUGAGGCGUACCAUAAAGCUAGAUGCAUGUCUUUUCGUUCUGGGUAUGGCAUAGGCAAAGGCUUUGUCAAACUAGAACGCUGGCUGAAUCCAAUGAAAGAGUUUAAGUUAACACAGUCCGCAUUAGAAGUCCUAUGCUUUAUUGCUUAUGAAACUGUUGCGGAGAUUGUGGACGGAGUGUUCUUGGUUCGUCAAGAUGGUAAGAAGAAGAGCGGAGAUCCAUUCAGCAAGUUUGAAGGUGGCUACUUCUGCAAUCCGGUCAGUUUGAGCAAUGCUGUUUACAUCAAGUCUGGAUACGAAGGAGUACCAGCAAUAACGGUUGCAGAAGUCAGAGAAGUACUCCGAAGAUAUUACUCCCCAAGAACAGGAAUGAAUGGCUUAUUCUAUAGAAAUAUGAGUUUAGACUUGCCCAUCAGAUAUAUAGCUUUGUAAUGUGAUUGUAGGUUAUUGGAUAAUCAAGUUUAUAAGUCUAUUUUAACAGAUUAUUGUAAGUCUGAUAUUUAGGGAGGAAUUAUUUCUCUCUUUUUAGUACCUAUAUGGAAUGAUUAUACCAUAAAUCAAAAUAGAAGUGAAGGGGGAUGUUAUUAAAAACAUUAUAGAAUUAUAACACAGUUUAAUAAAAUGCAGGAUAAAUCUAGUUAUAAUUCUAUAUAUUUUCUAAAAAUAAUGUGAAAAUUGAUUGUAAACAUUAGUUUUAAGAAAAUUCUUUGAAAAUUGAGGUUUAUUUUGAUGAACUUGGGCCUGACAUGUAACGGUUCU